CAGAAGGCGAACGCAGAGAGCUGCUCCCUCAAACUGUGCUCUGCUAUGUGAUCCACGCUGAGGGGCUGUGGGGGGGACAGAGCUCUGAGGAACUGUCAAUGCCCCAACUGAGCCCAUGAGUAGAGCUGCACUGCUCCGCCACUAUGAUGUAUUCGGGCAGCUCAGUCUUACAACCACCGGAAUCUGGAAUGGGAGGAAACAAGAUGAUACCGUGUCCGCUACACGGCUGUAAGCGGGUGUACACAGACCCGGCCGCUCUGGAAAGCCACAUCAAGGACCAUGAGAUCGCAGCGCAGUCUCUGCCGGGAAAGGUGAUGCUGUGCUCCACGGUGGGGUGCAGUGGUUCCUUCCCCAACAUGCAGAAGCUGAUUGAACACAUGAGGCAUCACCACAAACCCAACAUAUUCUUUGUGUGUGAGAGUUGUCGCACAAAGUUGCGUUCCUACCGCGGCCUCCUGACCCACCUGCACACCUGCUCCAAAGUGAUGCGGGGGAAAGCCAAGCCCACUGAGCCAAACAUGGCCCCAAUGGAGGUGGACGCAGCAUCUGCCCCCUCUCAGAUCCUGAACCCAGACCCCUCCUACCCAGCUGCGGUGAAGCCGGGGCCCGAUGGCCCCCCUCUCCUCGGCCCCCCCUUCAUGUCUAACCUGGAGUACGCCCCCCCCCACCCUGCUCCUCCAAAGCUCACAGAGGCGGCUCCACAGCCCCCCAUCAGGAGUAACGCCUCUGAUCUGACUCCGUCCUUACACUUUGGGGCCCCACCAUUGACUCCCACCCAGGGGCAGCACCCGACACAGACCAGGUCCCCUGAGGACGUCCACCCCGCUCCAGCAUCAGCUCCAGGAUCAGCUCCUCGCUCUCCUCCUGGGCCCUCGGCUGUGUGGAGGAAGAAUCAAGGGUCCUGCAACAGCCGCAUCCUGUGGGAGCACACCAAAGGGCGCUACACGUGUGUGCAGUGUGGCCACAUGGUGAUCAGCCGUAAAGAGAUGACUCAGCACAUCUCCACUAAACACAGCAGGAACAAAGCUGCAGAAGACACAGGGAGCGCUGCCACCAACACGUAGAGGAGGCAACAUGUCUCUUGUUCUCCUCAGGAACUAAAGUACAUUACCCUUUUUAUUCUGCGUUGAAAGCCUGCAGCAGUGAUUCAUGAACUGAGUAUAUAUUUCAUUGAUUGCCAUAAAGCACUUUUAUUGCCUUUUUGCUUCCAGGAAACCAUACAACUUUUCACCACAUGUCCUCCUUGUCCUCCUGCUCAUCUUUGAAGACUUUUCAGCUAAAUACAGUUCAUUACUAAUCUCCCUAUUGUAAGAGAAUAUUUUAAUCUGAUCUGUUUAUAGAAUCUCUUAUUGUUCCUUAGAGUCUGUGAUACUGCAAACAUCUGCUUGUAGUCACUCAAAGACUCCUCUGUGGGUUGAGGUCACAGGUCAAACGCUUCUCCUAUAUCCAUGGGGGGUUUGAGACCUGGCAGGAUCUCUUUGAGACAAGCAGACCAUUGUCUCGCAUCGGCUAUUGAUUAUACGCGGGCUUUCUGGAAGCCCGCCUCUCCUCGUGUUAGUUAGAUGUUUUGUGUCUUUUGGUUCAGAGAUCGCUGGUGGAGCACUGGACAUGUGUGAAAC